AGUCUUGUGGAACCAAUCUGCUGCACUUCAUGACAGAUGGGGGGUAAAACGCAACCUUGCAGAACUUGGCUUUUUUGAUUUUUCAUUUAAAAUCAAGUACACUAACUCCUCCAAGAGGUAUAUAAUCAGUUCUACAUACUGUUAAGAACCCUGGAUAUGGAAUGGUGACCUCAUGGCAUCACCUUGAAAACAGUGAUAUAAGUUCUAAGCAUAUUUCAAAGAUGGAUAACAACCUGAGCACAUAAGUACAAAACUGUGUGUAUACUACAUCUCUUUGGUCUGAGAGUACUUCAGAAAAAGAUGUCAGCAGAGAACAAUACAGAGCUGGUUAAACACCUUGACAAGAUUCCCAGCCAGCCUUUCCUGCCUCCAAUUCCCAGCGUUUCUGGAAGCAGAGUGAAUGCCCUUGAAGACCGGAUGUCCAACCAGGAAAGGACCACCACUGUUCUUCUAGAUCAGGCCUUCCGAAUCAAAGAUGGCAUUGUUUCUUACCUUCAGGGAAAUAAAGGCUUUUAUCAAGGAGAGACAGCAGCACGCCAGCUACUGGAGAACCACAUACAUACUAUCACAAGCAUAGUUAAAAAGCUGAGCCAUGAUAUAGAGGAGCUGGAGAGACAAAUAAAAGCCAGAGAUGAUAUGACAUCAGGAACUAAUUUCGCUAUGCAGAGCCUGGACCUUAAACACCUGCAGGGAGUUGGGGAUCUACGUGGGAGAGUGGCAAGAUGUGAUGCCAGUAUUGCAAAACUCUCUGGAGAUAUAAAUAUCAUUAGGCAUGAGAUUUCAAAACUAGAAAAAGAAAUUCAAACUAACCAGUCCUCCUUGGAAAAUUACACCAACAAUGUGGAGAUGAAGGUAAUGCAGCUUUUAGGCAAGAUAGAAACUUCUAACUCAGAACAAAGCUCAAAUUUAAAGACAAUACAGGGAAAUCAGCAUCAUGAACUGCAGCUCCUAGAUCUCAAGAUAAAUGGUGUUCUAAAUGACUUUAAGGAUCGAAUUCAAAAUCAACAGAAGUGGAUAGAAAAUGAAGUGAGGAGAUAUGAACAAGAGCAAACCUACUUCAUAAAUCAGAUUCUUGGCACAAUGAAAGACAGACUGGAAACCAUGGAAAAGAAAAUGGAAGAUGGUUUUUAUUUCAUCUCAAAAAGGAUAGAAAAUACAGAUAAAAGAGAGCAAUUUGACACAGAGCUGAGCCAAUUUAAAAAUGAUCAUAAUAAACUCCAUGCAAGGAUCACUAGAUUUGAAAAACUGAUGUGGGAAGAGCUGGAAGAAAUCAAGAAUGAAUAUAGAUCAGGGUUUCAAUCUAUACGUGAUUCUCUUAAUGCACUCAAACAAAUACAAUCAACAAAGCUGAAACUUGAGGAAGAAAAGUUCAAGCAGGACAUGAAGAAGAUACAACGAAAGAUAACUGAACUUCAAGAUUAAUGUCAUUUUUUAAGCAUUCAGGGCUGUGCCUUCCUGAGGACACAUUCAACAAAUUGAAAAACAUUAGAGUCUUGAUCCUAAACUUUGUUUUCCUGUGUCUCCAUAAGAAUAGUAACAUAUUGUAUAUUACCACUGCAGCAAUCCUUAGCAGAUAUGUAUCAAAUCUAACUGAAUCAUAUUCAGAUAUGGAAUAAUUUACAUUUUGGAGAAAAUAAAAUUCAGCAGCUGCCAGUAACUGUACCUAGUGUAAUAUGCUAAAAUUAUCCAACCUUGAACCAGGUUUGUUAUUUCACGUAUUCUAAAAACAAGCCUGCUAAAACCAUGGGUGAGUGAAAAAUAGAUUUGGAUCUAUUGGUAGAUGCCUUGGUGAGUAAACGAGCAAGGAUUUGAAGCUCCCAGUUCUUAACAGAGCAACAAAGUAAAACUCACCUUGAAUUACAUUGUUGAAAUGAAGGUAGCUUGGACUCCUGGUAUUUUGUGUAAAGGAAGAUGAGCUUCUUUCAGUUGUGGUUCUUCAAAUAGGAUCCAGAGUUCUUUAAUUCUAAGUAUCUGUCUUUUGCAUCAAACUAGUUGGCAGAUCUUGGGGUAAAAACAGUGAUCUUAAGCUGAAAUUUGGCCACAGAUGAAUUACAAAACUCGAGUAAAUAAUGAUGAUAUGGAAAUAGUUUUAAAUUGUAACUAUUGUACUUUGGUUAUAUCAUGAAAUGACAUGAUUCACUGGAAAAGAUAAUAAUGCUCAAUAAAGUGGAAGGCCACAGGAAAAGAGGAAGACUGUCUCACAGAUGGUUUGACUCAAUAAAGGAAGACAAAGGCCUAAGUUUACAAGACCUGAGCUGUUGAGAUCCAGGGCUCUUAGAGGUCUCCCAUCUGUGGGAUCAGCCAUCAAGUUGGUCAAGGACAACUUGAUGGCAAAUAAUAGUAAUACACCUUUGGGCUCUUUCUGGACUGAUGUGGAAGCAAACCAUUAAAAACAGAAACAGAAGAUCUGGUUUCCUCCAGCAUACCUGAGAGGUCCAAGAAAUGAAUAUCCUGCCAGUUCCCUCUACUAAAUUUUUACCUUCCCAUGUAGAGGUGACUGGAAUGAUGUGCAAUAGAGUACAAAAAGUCUUGUUUAGGAAUGAUUAGGAAGUAAACAAUGCAAGAACAAGGAAAGUGGCUUUUACCCACAGGCUGUAAUGUAUAUUGCUAAAAUCUCCCCAGUCACCCAAGUCAUUCACUAUAACAAGGUUCGUUUCAAAGUAUUUUUAUAGACACAGAGUUGCAAAACACCACACUGUACAUCAUUUUAAUAUACAAAGGGCUUGAAAAAUUGACAUGAGACUUGGUAAUGUGAAUCUUGAAUUUCUUGAAAACUAUUUCUCCUAAAGAUAUUGAAUACUUCUGGAGACAGUAAGAAAGCCAACGUUUUUAGGUUUACUGCAAUUAUUAUCCAGUCUUAAAGCUAAAAUUGUAAUUUUUAGAGAACUAAUAGGAAUUCUUGGUAAAUUCAGUUAGUAUUUUAUUGUUGUAUUGAUUGCAAAUUGUACUAAGUGUCUUUUAAGGUUGUGAGGCAGGAGGUAUAAAUAAACUAUAUUAUUAUUAUUAUUAUUAUUAUUAUUAUUAUUAAAAUGACAUGUAAACUAAUGAAUAUAAUGGUUUUGGUAGUAUAAGCAAAUUAGUUGCUGAAAGCCACAAUUAAUAAAGACUUAAACUAAAUGGAUGUUGAUGCAUUUCACUCAAAAAUA